AAAAACGCCGGGAAGGGCGUCAAGCCUCCGGAAAGGAAGAAAUCGAAGGGGGACGCUGAGCCAAAGGAUACCCCCCUGGUGAUCAUUGACGAUCCCCCCGCCGGCCAACCGUCAGCCUCUGCUCCCCUGGAGGAUCUUGUCGAGGGGGCCUGGCCCCUUGAGACUGUACACUUCCCAAUCAAAAAGGGAACAGCCAUCAUGCAUGGCACCCUCGACCCGAGGGAGUUCUUGAAGGGUGCCACUCCCUCGGUAGAUCGGUCCACCCUCAGCCGGUUUGGGGAUGAAGCCCUCGAACUCAAGGCUCUCCAAGCUUCGGCCACCGCGAGCCUGGCCUUCGGGGAACUGGUUCGUAGGGCGGAGCAGCAUCGCCUUGAGAGGGCUAAAUCCGCCGAGGUGACGAGGAAGCUGGUGGCCAACAAUACUGAGGCCAUUCGGCAGCUGGCGAAUUUGGAGGAGGCCCUCCGGCAGGCGGAGAAGAAACUGGAGGCAGCCAAGGAGGAAGCCCGGGCCGAGGGGAAAGCUGAAGCCGAGAGGGCCGCUGCUGAGUCCGCUAGGAUAGCCGCCGAGAAGGCUGAGGAGGCUAAAGCGGAAGCUAUCUCUAAGGCCAGGGAGGAGGCGGUGGCGGCUUUUAUUGCCGACGGCUGGAAGGCCGAAGAGCAGAAGCAGUGGGUGGC